AUGGACUAUUCAUUAAUGCCUGCAACACCUGUACUAAUAGAACGAUCAAGUUUUGAUCAAAGUUGGGGCUUUCGUCUUCAAGGUGGUGUUGAUUUUCGAUUACCAUUGUCAAUUAAAAAGGUAAUAACUAAUUCACCAGCACAUAAUAAACUUCAUGCUGGUGAUGGUCUUGCUUUUAUUGAUGGACGAGAUGCAAGUUUAAUGAAGCAUGAAGAUGCAGAAAUUAUGAUUCGAAAUUCAUUACGAUUACAACUUGUUCUUCGACGUGGUCAACUUAAUACAAUUCGACCAACAAAAUCAUCAGUUAAAUUUUCUCCUGGACCUAAUCCACGUGCUAAUAAAGCAUUACAUAACGGUACAACACCGAAUGGUUAUCGUCGUUUUUAA